AUGGUAGAAAUACUACAUGGAAGAAAAUAUGGCGAUGAUAUUCGAAAAAUUCCUUUGUCGAACGACACUGUCUCGAAUAGAAUUUCUGAUAUUAACAAGGAUCAAUUAAUACAACUUAUUACAAGAAUUAAAGAAAGCCCGAAAUUUUCAAUUCAGUUGGACAAAACAACUGAUAUUACUAAAUUGGCUCAGUUGUUAGUAUAUGUCAGGUAUGUUUAUAAAGAAAGCGUGGUGGAAGAAUUGUUAUUUUGUCGUCCUAUGGAAGACCAUACUACAGGGAAAGACAUAUAUUGUAAAGUUGACGAAUUUUUAAAAGCAGAAGGUUUAGAAUGGGAAAAUUGCUGUGGAAUAUGCACAGAUGGUGCAAGAGUGAUGACAGGCAAAAAUAUUGGUUUUAGAUCAUUUUUUCAAGCUGCUCAUUAUGAUCAUAUAACUUUUACUCACUGCCUUAUUCACCGAGAGGCUCUUGCAGCAAAAAAAUUAGCACCAGAAUUGAACGAUGUGCUUCAGGAUGCUGUUAAGAUCAUAAAUUUUAUUAAGAGCCAUGCCCUUAACAGUCGCUUAUUUUCAAAUCUCUGUAAGGAUACGGAUUCCAACUACACAACUUUGUUAUUACAUGCAGAAGUAAGAUGGUUGUCAAGAGGUCAAAGUUUAAGAAGAUUAUUGUUAUUAAAGGACGAGAUCGAAAUAUUUUUAACCGAACGAAAAUGUAAACUUGCUGCUUUUUUUCAAAAUGACUUAUGGCUAUCCAAGCUGUGUUAUUUGUCAGAUAUUUUUGCAAAGUUAAACGAUCUCAGCUUGUCUCUUCAAGGAAAAUAUUGCGAUAUAUUUACUUCAAAUGAUAAAAUUGAAAGUUUUAUUAAAAAGAUCAACAUUUGGAAAAGUAGGGUCGAAAAAAAUUCGUUCGAAAUGUUUUCCAGUGUCGACAAUUUUGUAAUCGAGAAAAUUUAUUGUAAAACUUUUAUUGCAAAAAUUAUUGUAGAUCACUUAAAAGCGCUAGAAAUACAGUUCCGGACAUAUUUUAAAUUAAAUAUUGAUUUCCAAAAAAUAGUUUGGAUUCAAAAGCCGUUUUGGAUUGGCUUAAGUGAGAUUGAUCACCUGCCACUUAAAGCUCAAGAGGAAUUUGCUGAGCUUUCCAGUGACUCAAACUUAAAACUACAAUUUCAAAAAAAGCCCUUGACUGAAUUCUGGAUCGGAGCUAGAACUGAAUUUCCCACAAUCGCUGAUAUGGCGUUAAAUGUACUUCUGCCAUUCAACACCACAUAUUUAUGUGAAGUUACUUUCUCAGCUUUAACACAUAUUAAAUCCCAAUAUCGUUCAGCGUUAAAAAAUGUUGAAGAGGUCUUACGUCCAGCAGUUUCAAACAUUCCACCAAGAUUUGAUUUGUUAUGCAAUAAAAAACAGGCACAUCCAUCUCAUUAA